CAGCUCCUUUACCUUUGCUGAGCAACAUACUACGCACUACUUGGAGAUUGACUUCCAACUUUCGACACGACACGCUUGUCAAUUCCUCCCUCUUCCACAAACCACCUGCCGAUCCCAAGUGACUCGAGUCAAUCCGUCGCUUGCCAGAACCUAGAAUCCCCUCUACCAAUCUCUGCACCAGAAACACCAGACAAAAUGGCUGCACAGGCAAUCAAGAGUGCCAUCCCGUCCCACCUCAAGCCUGGCAAUGGCGAUUCUGAGGCUGAGUUCGCGAACAAGCAUCAUGGCAAGACUAGAUCUCACAUGGCUUUCGAGAACACAAGCACCAACAUCGCCGCUGCCCAGAUGCGGAACUCCCUCACUACUCUGGCUGAGACAGUGAAGGACCCCGAGCAGAAGCAGCUUUUCGAGACUGAGAUGGACAACUUCUUCUCUCUGUUCCGACGAUACCUGAACGACAAGGCCAAGGGCAAUGCUGUCGACUGGGACCGUAUCGCACCUCCUGCACAGAACCAGGUUGUUGACUACGAUGACCUCGCCAACUCCGAGUCCGUCGACUUCCUGAACAAGCUGGCCGUUCUGAAGCUUAACGGUGGUCUCGGCACCUCCAUGGGAUGCGUUGGCCCCAAGUCCGUCAUUGAGGUCCGCGACGGCAUGUCCUUCCUGGAUCUCUCCGUCCGACAAGUCGAGUACCUGAACCGCACCUAUGGCACCAAUGUGCCUUUCAUCCUGAUGAACUCGUUCAACACCAACGAUGACACUGCGGCUAUCAUCAAGAAGUACGAGGGCCACAACGUCGACAUCCUCACCUUCAACCAGUCUCGUUACCCUAGAAUCUACAAGGACUCUCUCCUCCCUGUCCCCAAGGAUUUCGAAUCGCCGAUCAACGAGUGGUACCCUCCCGGACACGGUGACGUGUUCGAGUCCCUGUACAACUCGGGAAUCCUGGACAAGCUGAUUGAGCGUGGCAUUGAGGUCAUCUUCCUCUCCAACGUUGACAACCUGGGCGCUGUUGUCGACCUGCGCAUCCUGCAGCACAUGAUGGAGACUAAGGCCGAGUACAUCAUGGAGUUGACCAACAAGACCAAGGCUGAUGUCAAGGGUGGUACCAUCAUCGACUACGAGGGCUCCGUGCGCCUACUGGAGAUCGCUCAGGUUCCCAAGGAGCACGUCAACGAGUUCAAGUCGAUCAAGAAGUUCAAGUACUUCAACACCAACAACAUCUGGAUGAAUGUUCAGGCCAUCAAGCGCGUUGUCGAGAACAACGAGCUGGAGAUGGAGAUCAUCCCCAACGGCAAGACGAUCCCUGGCGACAAGAAGGGCGAGAGCGACAUCAGCAUCAUCCAGCUCGAGACUGCUGUCGGCGCUGCCAUUCGGCACUUCAACAACGCCCACGGUGUCAACGUGCCCCGCCGGCGUUUCCUGCCCGUCAAGACCUGCUCGGAUCUGAUGCUCGUCAAGUCUGACUUGUACGGCCUCAAGCACGGCCAGCUGCAGAUGAACUCCGCCCGUUUCGGCGACGCGCCCCUCAUCAAGCUCGGCAGUGACUUCAAGAAGGUCUCUGACUUCCAGAAGCACAUCCCCUCCAUCCCCAAGAUCAUUGAGCUUGAUCACCUGACCAUCACCGGCGCUGUUAACCUGGGCCGUGGCGUGACCCUGAAGGGAACCGUCAUCAUCGUCGCAACAGAGGGCAGCACCAUCGACGUUCCUCCAGGAUCGAUCCUAGAGAAUGUGGUGGUUCAGGGCAGCCUGCGCCUCCUGGAGCAUUAAAGAGGUUAUCUGCAUACCUUCUUUUGUUGCCUUGGUUUCGCCGCACGGCUUUUCUCAUUUCUGCAUUGGCUGUACUCCUCUGCCGAAUUCACGUGCAUGGUUUUGAGGAUGGAACGUACAGGCAAAAUGGGGUAGGGGCCGACGAUGCGAGAUGGGGGAUAAAUGCGUUUUGCCUUGGAGUUUUGAGAGCCAACUCGUAGUCAAUCUGCCUUACAAAGAUUAGACUUACUAAUGCAAGAAAGUAAAAAUUAAUUCUUCUG